AAGUAAUUUCUGCAUAUGCCCUGAAUUGAUAUUCCGGGCCACCAUGUCACAACCCCAUAUCAACCGCAUCAAAAAGCACUGCCUCUUCGCUGCUCUAAAUCCUGAAUGACCUUCAUUUAAGGCCCGUCAUCUCGAGUUUGGCGAUUCACCUUUUUCGAAAAUGGGUGUUUUCGACACGUACUGUUGCUUUUGCGCUGGGCCGCUGGAAAAUGGUCGACAAUCCUGGAUUUAUUUUUUACAAGAAGGUGUAAAAGAAUGGCCUCCAAAAGACGGUGAAUGGCAUAAUCCUCCUGAUUACCCUGUACCCCAAAAGCCGAUAGAAGAGAUUGUUACUAUCGAUGAAGAAGAUGGGAAGACAUGGAACGACUGGGUCGUUGUUUCACCAGUUUGGGCUAAACAGGACUGGGUUUCACCACCAUGCUGCGGAGAUAGCUAUGGAAGUGUCGAGAUCAACGGUGAUACCGAUUGGAACGCAAACGACGAACGGUUCCUCAGGAUACAUCGCAUCUGUCUUUCAUUCCUUUGUCGUCGCUUGUCGAUUUCACCUCAAGCUCUUUGGGAAUCGCUCUACAUUCCUGGUGCGGACUACUUGAAAUACGGCGAGUCGGGGGAUGGGUUGCUGUACUGUGUCAAGUAUCAUGACAUGGAGGAUCGGAAUAGGCAGAAUUUCGGUUAUGCUGUUGAGCGACAGACACCUCAGAAGUAUGAUCCAGAAAAUGUUGACCGCUGGUACGAUCCGGAAACUAUGAACGACACAGCAUGGAUUCUGUCUCGACCGAGCGUACUUCCUCUCCCGAAGGCCCUGGAGGUCUCUCCUGUCAUCCAGCCUCCAGCAUCCGAGGCACGGCGAGUCUUCGAUGUACCAGAACUCCUUGACGCCAUCUUGACCGAGGUCAUAUCCAUCCCGGAAGACGUCAUAGUCAACGAACUUAAAGACGGCGGUUCCGUAUUUGACUACCCAUCCGUUCUCGAGGCAACUAGGUCGUUACUUUCUCUCGCCCAAGUUGACCGUUGGUUCUACCGUGCUAUCGUUCGUGAUAGACAGGGCCUAUUCUUACGACUUGCGUCCAGUUUUGGAUGGAUGCUUCCUUGCAUACCGGCGGAUUGGUCAAAUUGGCCCAAUGAGCUAACACCGCUGUCACUCACUCUGACACAGUCCGUUGAUUGGAGGUAUUACCUUCUCACUUGUCUUCGGAAAGAAGACCUGCAUGUUCGGAAUAGGUUUAGGUUCCAUAGGAUGACUGUUCAGUUUGCGCGUGGCCGUGCGAAGAAAAACAGUGACGGAGAAACGAUAUGGCGCUGGAAUGUUGGCCAGCUUGGGUUUACCUCCAGUUCGGAACGACCAGAGCCAAAAACUUGGGAGGAACCUUGUUGAAAUACUGCAAUCGUACUCGUCGCUGGUGGCUACGUUUAACUGUUUCAUCUUACUACCAAUUACAAUUGAUAAAUGUUUUGAAAUUCUCACCAAGGUACAAGCUAUGAUUAGCUCGGCGGCGUCCUCGGCGUCUUGCCUCCAUUCUACUUACUAUGUUACCCCCGAGGAGCUGCUGUGGCGA